AGCGGCCUGCGCGGCCCGAGAAGGUGGUAGCGGCCGAGGGGGUCGUGGCGUCUGGCGGCAUCAAAAUUAGAAAAAAUAACUAAGAAUGGCUGUGGAGGAACUUCAGUCUAUAAUAAAGAGAUGUCAAAUCCUAGAAGAGCAAGACUUUAAAGAAGAAGAUUUUGGUCUAUUUCAGUUAGCUGGCCAAAGAUGCAUAGAAGAAGGGCACAUCAACCAGCUAUUAGAAAUUAUUCAAAAUGAAAAGAAUAAGGUCAUCAUCAAGAAUAUGGGUUGGAAUCUUGUUGGUCCUGUUGUUCGACACCUUUUAUGUAAUGAUAAAGAAGAUGAUAAAAGAAAAGUUUAUUCUUUGAUGCUUGAUUUAUUGGUAGAGUUAUGUAAUCCAAAGGAAUUAUUGUUGGGUUUGCUUGAACUGAUUGAAGAGCCUUCUGGAAAACAGAUAUCCCAAAUUAUUCUUCUUUUACUUCAGCCAUUACAAACAGUGAUCCAGAAGCUUCAUAACAAGCCAUAUUCAGUUGGAUUAGCAUUGUCUACCCUUUGGAGUCAGCUAUCUCUUCUUCCCGUUCCAUACUCAAAAGAACAAAUACAAACAGAUGACUAUGGCCUUUGUCAGUGUUGCAAGGCCUUAAUAGAGUUCAUUAAACCUUUUGUGGAAGAAGUCAGUAAUAACAAAGAAAACUCACUGGAAAAUGAAAAUGAAAAGUUAAAGGAUGAAUUAUUGAAAUUUUGUUUCAAAAGCUUAAAAAGCCCUUUGCUGACAGCGCAAUUCAUCGAACAGUCUGAAGCAGCUGGAGGUGAUCCUUUAAGGUAUUUUGCAUCUGAAAUAAUA